CCAGACUGAAGCACAUGGACAACAUCUACUGAAGACUUUUCCAACAUGAGUUCAGGCCGAAGACUUGUUCUGGUGGGAAAAACUGGAGUGGGGAAGAGCGCUGCUGGGAACACCAUCCUUGGACGAAAGGCGUUUGUGUCGGAGCUGUGUCCCUCCUCUGUCACAGCCGAAUGCCAUAAAGAUGAAGAAACCAUUGCUGGUCGACAAAUUGCUGUAAUCGAUACUCCAGGGCUUUUCGACACAAAAUUUACCCAAGAAGAAAUUGUGGCGCGAAUCAAAAUGUGCAUUUCCCUGUGUGCGCCUGGUCCACAUGCAUUUGUGAUCUGUCUCCAGAUAGGAGUAAGGUUCACCAAAGAAGAGAAAGAUACUGUUCAACUGAUCAAAGAAAUCUUCGGAGAGGCGGCAGCCAACUACACCAUAGUUUUGUUCACACAUGGAGAUCAGCUCAGGAAUUAUAGUAUUGAGUCUUUCAUAAAAGCAAAUAAAGAUUUACAGAGCUUCAUCCAGGCGUGCCACAACCGCUAUCACGUCUUCAACAAUCAAAUCAAAGACGAGAAACAAACAGAUCAACUUUUGGAUAAAAUUGAAAUGAUGAUACAAAAGAAUGGAGGAAGGUAUUACACCAAUGAGAUGUUCAAGCUAGCAGAGGAGGCCAUCAAGAAAGAGGAGGAACGACGUUUGAGGGAGUUACAAGAAGAAGAGAGGAAGAAACAGGAGAAAGUGCGAGCUGAGAUUCAGAGGGAGGUGGAGAAAGCAAAAGAGACAUUUAGGAGAGAAAUGGAGGACCAUGAAGAUAAGGGAAGAACAACGCAUGAGGGAGUUAAAAGAACAAGAGGAGAGGAAACAGAAGGAAUUGCUCGCUGAGAUUCAGAGGGAAAGGGAGAGGUCAAAUGAGAUGUUAAAGAGACAACAGGAGGCCAUGCAGAGAGCAGAGGAACAAAGGUUGAGGGAUUUAAAAGCACAAGAAGAGAGGAAAAGGAACGAAUGGCUCGCACAGAUUCAGAGGGA